AGGAAUUCAGGAAAAUCAGGCAGAGCGGCUUGGAUACAGCUAAGGCGAUGUAACCAUGGUAGCGAGGGUAGGCCCUGUCAGGCUGAUUUAGUCUAAAGUGCAAAUUGAGCCCGAUUGGUCUGAUUUUAGUGAACAGACAACAAACAUUUUUUAAAUUAUAAAAACCGAUUAAACGUUCUAGGUUUUUAUUUGUAAUAGGCAAUAAAUCAUAGAUUUACAAGUGGGUGCAGUGCUAAGGAAGUAAAGGAGGGUUAAAUACUGUGAACAAUAUGAAGAUUCAAAAUUAAAAACAGAAUAAAUAAAAUAAAAAGAUGUUUCCCGGACACUCUCCCAGACGUCUACAAGGCGUGGCUGGGGUUGGGGGCAUUCCUGGAGUUGGAGGUGUAGCAGGGGUUGGGGGCGGGGCAGGAUAUCCCGCCUCCUACCUAGCUUACCAGCAAGCAGCCUCACAACAACCUUACGAUAUUCAUCCUAGUUAUAGUAUGUACGGUAUGGAUCAACAGUGGGCUCAUCAUCCUUACCUUCCCACCCAUCUGUACAACAGAAGUUAUGAAGAAUGGGGUUCAUCUCACCAUGGAUUCCAACCUCCUUCUCCUGGCCAUGCCCCUUCUCCAAACCAAACCGGACACGCCUCCUCAGAGCAUGAGGAGGGUAGCCACGCCUUCCCUGAGGGAGAAAAUAGGAACCACGCCUUUACGGAACAUUUUAAAUCAUCACUAAUCAGUGGAGAUUUCAAGCCCCCGUUAUUUCUGGAGAGUAGUAGAGCAGGAGACGAUAUUUCCAGAUCAGAACAGGAUGGUUCAACCCGGAAUACAGGGCACUCUCAUCAUUCUCCAGAUUCAGGUUUAGCAGUUUCUGAUGGACCAGGUUCGCCUGGCCACGCCCCCCCACAUCAGCCAGGUUUGGGCGGGGAUCCUGGUUCGCCAGGAGUGGACCCCCUACCUGCCCGCCCCCAACCAGCCAGGUCCCCCUACGAAUGGAUGAAACGCCCCUCUAUAAACGGAAGACCUUGCAAGGAAGGGACUUCAUCGCCAGAUGGUCGGACCCGGACCAAGGAUAAAUAUAGAGUUGUAUACAGUGAUCAUCAGAGAUUAGAACUAGAAAAAGAAUUUCAUUACAGCAGAUAUAUAACAAUUCGAAGAAAAGCUGAACUUGCCCAGGCUCUUAGUUUAACAGAAAGACAGGUUAAAAUUUGGUUUCAAAAUCGACGAGCUAAAGAAAGAAAACAGGUGAAAAAGAGAGAUGAAAUGAUCCAUAAAGAUAAACUGGAUCCACUAUCAGUUCACCCCUCACACAUGGUUGCCAUGCAGCAGUUCAGUAUGGGACCCAUGGGACACAUGCUGCAUGGGAUUAGCCAUCUAUAGACCAUAAAAUAAUGCACAUUAGAACCAGUGAAUUUCAGUAUUAAAGAAACCAUAAAAAGCCUUGAACAGUCUAAUUAAUAGAUAUUUUUCUACAGUGAAUUUAUGCCUAAAUGACCUUCCUGGAGAUUAGAGGCUUUCAACAUGAAAAAAUCUCACUUUUUGUUUAAUUCAAAUAAAUUUAGCCAUCACGUGCACAAGUUACUCUUCACUUAACGAGUUGCUUUAUUGCCCAUGGUUCACGAUGAGACCCAUUAAACCUAUAACUUAGGAAAAAUUAAAAGAAUUUCAAUUGUCAAUUUUCAAUUUAAAAAUUUAUAAUUUAUAAUUGCAAAUUCUCUUUGCAAUGAUAUAAUUUAUUUCUUAUCAAAAUAAAAAAAUGUUAUCUUUUUUUAAUGACGUCGGUAUAGAUAAAGGUUUAGUGUGAAUAAUUGUGAUUGAACAUAUAACAUUUAAUUGGAUUGUCAACUUGAAAUUGAAUUGAUAAUGCCUGUUAGAUCCAAACAAAUAUUGCAAGUUGAUCAUUUUAAUUGUUUUGAAAACAUUUUCACCAUUUAAAAAGUUUUAAAAAAAUGUUUGCUUUAUGUAGUUUAAGCCGCAUGGUCAGUUAAAACUUAAAUCAUAAGUAGCGGAAAAGUUUUGUUUGUAACAUGUGGGCCUGCAAAAUUAUAUAAUUUUGAGAUUUAUUAAUUUUAAAGAAUUUAUAGAAAGUGUUGAACUGAAUAGUACUUUUCGCGAUAUCAUUCAAAACAGAAAAUACAAAAUACUUAAAGUAUUCAGACUUAU